CAACCUUUGUCCUUCUCAAACCAAGCAGCGUCCAAAGAGUUGUGAACACUAUUUUUUGCCGAUAAAACACACAAUUUUAUCGCUAAACUUGCGCAGAGACAACCAGAAUCAUGUCCACGAAAUCCUCGAACAGCGUCGACAGCCGCACCGAGCUGGCGGAUCUAGUUAAACGAAAGGCGGAAAUUUCGGAAACCCUCGCGAACCUGGAGCGGCAAAUCUAUGCGUUCGAAGGCUCGUACUUGGAGGAUACACAACUCUACGGGAACAUCAUUCGCGGCUGGGAUCGCUAUCUGACGACGAACAAAACCACUAACUCGAAGGCGGACAAGCGCAACCGAAAGUUCAAGGAAGCGGAACGGUUGUUCUCGAAAUCUUCUAUCACAUCGAUGGCGGCCGUCAGCGGGUUGGUGGACACGAAUGAUACGAAGCAUGAGCGCAACUCGGAGUCCGACUCGAUGUCGAAUGAUGAUUCUAGUGACAAUCAGGCUACUACAAUCGUACCCGCUAACCACACUUCUUCAACCCUCAUCGGCAGCCAUACGACCAAUUCCAACCAUGAUAGUACGCUAAAGAACUCCAUUAGCAAAAACCUCGGUAGUCAAACGGCCAAGGGCAACAGUCACGACAAACCCGGUAACUCCAGCUUCCUGUCCCGGGACACCGUACCAACCAAGGAAGGCAGCAGCAGCAACAGCAGCAAUGCUAUUGGCGGAAGUAGUGGAUCCAAUGUUGGGCCGGCAAGCGGCGGCAGCGGUGGUUUGUUGAAAGAUGCGCCACUGGUGAAUAACACCAGUAGCAGCAACGCCAAUAGUACCCCUAGUAACUCGGCUAAACAUAAAGCGAGCAGUAGUAGCCUUGGGUCGAUGAAAAAGGGUAGCUCCAGUAAAAAGGUUCGCCAUCGUUAACUGCGAUCUGUAGUCUCUUUCGCGUGGUUUCGCGAUUUUAACCUGUGGUAACUACGGUACAUGCUCGUGUGUGAAGAGAGUCUCUAUAUGGUCAAUAAACAAACUUACUAUAACUUACUCAUAAACGCGUUCUCAGCUGUUUCAUGCCUCACUAUUAGGGUCACCAGUGGAUA